GAGCUCCAUGCUACCGUUACACGGUGCCUGUAGCUCGCAGUCUACGCUUGACCAUGAUGGACACCGCAUCACCCCUGGACCACGUGCACAGCGUCACAGGCAUGUACACGUGCACCGCAUGAGUUCUACUACACACUCGCAUAUCGCUUUCCCAUGUUGGUUGGCUUCAGUGUGCCCUCGAUGCGUGUUCGUUACGUCAUGCGGAUGGAUUGCCAUUGUUCGGUCGUCGUAGCUGAUACGCCGGUAUGCAUCUACACUCCACCUGCUCGAUGAGCCACGACCAUGCGCACCACUGGCUUGUAUGGCAUCUCGUGAUGUGUGCAGGUUGGUUUGGUUGUAUCUAUGGUCUUGGUUGUUUGUCGGGUCGCUUGGGACACACUUCUCGCUACUGCUGGUAUGCUCACGCACUUGUGGUGCGGAUCAUCCAUCCUAUCACUGUCUGUGUGCCUCCGGUGGUUCAGGUUGUCGUGUGUCGUGGUGCCUGACGGGUUCACACUUACUGCGGGGUGCGCAUCCAUUGUAUCUGGUACGUCACCUCCACACACACGCCAUAUUGCGUGGCACACACCAUGCAUCUCUCUCUCUGUGUGGGCGUGUGGCUGGUGGUGCAGGGUGCUUGGGUGUUGGUCGUGUCGUGUGUUGGUUGUCUGGGUUGAGCACACCACCACACCUCCAUCGGUAUGUUACUCGCACCACCCCUCCCCCCAACACUACACCUAUCCUGUCCAUCCUCUCCUCUGGUGUGUUUGGCUGGUGCUGUUUGUGUGGUGUGAUGGUGGUGCAGUAUUGUGUUUGUGACCUUCGUUUGGACCUCUGCGUGUCUUCGAUUACAUCAUGCCGCUGACCGUUGAUCCGACCGAUCGGCACUCACGUCACGUUCACCCACGGCAUACACAUCGGCAUACCGAUCAUCGACAGUGUGACAAACCACCCCGUGUCGCGUGAAAAA